GGGAGGAGCAGCCGCAGCAGGCCUCCCGGCCCGGCGCCCGGCUCCCGCAGAUGGUCCCUGGAUUAUGACUGUCACUUGCUCUGAAGGCAUGUUUCCUCCCUGAACCACAUGAUCCCAAUCAAAGACAUUUCUGAUUCAUUUACAUCCUUGAAGAGCGUCUGAAGAAGAGGAAGGAAAAGAUGGGUGUGAAAACUUUUACUCAUAGCUCCUCUUCCCACAGUCAGGAAAUGCUUGGAAAACUAAAUAUGCUGCGAAAUGAUGGACAUUUCUGUGAUAUCACUAUUCGUGUCCAGGAUAAAAUCUUCCGGGCACAUAAAGUGGUACUAGCAGCUUGCAGUGAUUUCUUUCGCACCAAACUUGUAGGCCAAGCAGAGGAUGAAAACAAGAGUGUGUUGGAUCUGCAUCAUGUGACCGUGACUGGCUUUAUACCUCUUUUAGAAUAUGCUUACACAGCCACUCUGUCAAUUAACACAGAAAAUAUCAUUGAUGUUCUAGCUGCGGCCAGCUAUAUGCAAAUGUUUAGUGUUGCUAGCACCUGCUCAGAGUUCAUGAAAUCAAGUAUUUUAUGGAAUACACCCAAUAACCAGCCAGAAAAGAGUCUAGAUGCUGGACAAGAAAAUAAUUCUAACUGCAAUUUUACUUCUCGAGAUGGAAGCAUUUCUCCAGUGUCUUCAGAGUGCAGUGUGGUGGAAAGAACCAUUCCUGUCUGCCGAGAAUCCCGGAGAAAGCGCAAAAGCUACAUCGUUAUGUCUCCUGAGAGUCCUGUAAAGUGUAGCACACAAACAAGCUCACCGCAGGUAUUGAAUUCUUCAGCUCCCUACACAGAAAAUAGAAAUCAACCAGUGGACUCUUCUUUAGCUUUUCCUUGGACUUUUCCUUUUGGAAUUGAUCGAAGGAUUCAGCCUGAGAAAGCUAAGCAGGCAGAAAACACUCGGACUUUAGAAUUACCUGGUCCGUCUGAGACAGGUAGAAGAGUGACUGAUUGCGUGACUUGUGAGAGCACAAAAGCUGCCUUGCCUCUGGGUAACGAAGAAGAUAUCCGAGUCAAAGUAGAAAGGUUAAGUGAUGAGGAGGCCCAUGAGGAAGUGUCCCAGCCUGUCAGCGCAUCUCAGAGUUCACUGAGCGAUCAGCAGACAGUACCAGGAAGUGAACAAGUCCAAGAGGACCUUCUGAUUAGUCCACAGUCUUCCUCUAUAGGCUCAGUAGAUGAAGGUGUUACCGAGGGGUUGCCUACACUUCAGAGCACUUCUAGCACUAAUGCUCAUGCGGAUGACGAUGAUCGACUGGAAAAUGUUCAGUAUCCCUACCAACUCUACAUUGCUCCUUCUACCAGCAGUACAGAACGACCAAGUCCAAAUGGUCCAGACAGACCUUUUCAGUGUCCAACCUGUGGGGUGCGAUUCACCCGUAUUCAAAACCUAAAACAGCACAUGCUCAUCCACUCAGGAAUUAAACCGUUUCAGUGUGACCGCUGCGGGAAAAAGUUCACCAGGGCUUAUUCGCUAAAGAUGCAUCGCCUAAAGCAUGAAGGUAAACGCUGUUUCCGGUGCCAGAUAUGUAGUGCCACUUUCACUUCCUUCGGGGAAUAUAAACACCAUAUGAGGGUUUCCCGGCACAUUAUCCGCAAGCCUCGGAUUUACGAGUGCAAAACAUGUGGCGCCAUGUUCACCAACUCUGGAAAUUUAAUCGUGCACCUGAGGAGUCUGAACCAUGAAGCAUCAGAGCUAGCAAACUACUUCCAGAGCAGUGAUUUCCUAGUACCGGACUACCUAAACCAAGACCAAGAAGAGACCCUUGUUCAGUAUGAUCUUGGAGAACAUGGUUUUGAAAACAACUCCUCUGUUCAAAUGCCUGUAAUUUCACAGGUCUCUUCCACUCAGAAUUGUGAAAGCACUUUCCCCUUGGGAUCUCUUGCUGGGCUGGCAGAAAAGGAGGAAGACAUGCCAGAGCAGCUGAAGCCCAGCACGCGUGCUGACGCUACCAGAGACGACCCCCCACAGUCAGAGCUGUCUUCUAUAACUAUCCAGUAGUUUUGUGAUUUGGCUUCAUUUCUUGGAAAGUGCCUGUGCUUGGUCUUGUACAUUUAAAUUUAAUUUAAUUUUUUAAGCAAGAAAGGGUUUGGGAAAGAAUCUCCCUUUUCAUUUUGUAAGCCCUGCAACUGAGUUUUAUUUUCUUAACUGAGAAAUUGCUUCUGUAAGGAUACGGUAACAUAAUAUUGAGAGAAAUCAUGAAACCCAGGAAAACCAGUUGACUUGAAACAUGUACCAGUUUUUUUCUUUAAUUAUUAAAGGUAGGCUAACAGCAGAUCAUUAGGUAAAAAAGAAAUCAGAUGAUUAUUGACCUGAUUGUCCUAAGAUUAAAAGGUACGUGAGAAACAGUUACUAAGCAGAAUUUGACUGAUGGCUUGAGUAGAUGUUUACUUACUUGCAUAGGACGUUGUAAAGCCUGUGUUUUUUGGAAGUGUUCAUGGUAAGCUUUCUUAAAAAUCACUAAAUACUUCUGAAAUCCAGCAUACUUUUUUUAAGCUUUGUCAUUUCUAUUAUGGUUUUUUUUUUUUUUUAAAUGAAAAUUUGUAUUAGAUAGGCAUUCCCCAUACCUUUUAGUACCACUCCAAAGGCAAAGAACCAUGACUAAGAAGUCAGGCUGUGGAUGAAAUGACAGGGAAUGCAGAAUAAAAUACACAAAUCUGAGCUUCAUAGAAACUCUUCUAGUACUGCUUGUCUGACUAAAAUUGACAUUUAACUGGUCUUUGGAGGUUAAUGUCUAGUAACUAGGUCAUUGCCCAAAUCACUUUUCUCUUAGGCCCAUCAACAGUACUUUCUCUUGCGUAUGCCAGUGUGCUACCAUAUAAAGUGAAAAUAUUAGAGAUAUUCUAUAUUUUAUAUGUAGGUUUAUGUAUUGUUGGAGAUGUUUCUACUGUGCUGUUUUGGACAAAAUAAAGAAUUCUGUGUUGAGGUUAAGUUCUUAACUAAGAUUGUUUACAAAAUCCCAUGACAAUGAUACUAUCCUUGUUCCAAAAUAGUUUUAGACAUUGCCAAAUUUAUUAGAGCAGUUACUAUAGUUUUUACACAGUGUAAGCAAUAAUAUAAAAGAUAAGGCUAUAAAGUGAUCAUCUAUGACUAUCUGGAAGAGCAAAUUGUUAAGACUUAAAAAAAAA